AGUUGGAAGAAAGAAAUGGUUAAGGUGAUGCCUUGGGUGUUCAUUAAGCAAGCUGUUUUAUCCUGGAUGGUAUUGAGCUUCUUCAGCGUUAUUAUAGCUAUACCCAUCAAGGUCGGUGUGAAAAGCGGAAGUACAUUAGUUGUUCCAGAAAGCCAAGCUCACUCAGCCCGGAGGCGAUGUCGAUUGGAGUCAGCUGAGAACUCACAUGAUACUGAUUCGAGCCGAAGGGAUAGAAACUCACCAUUUCACAAGGACAAGAGCUGGCGGGUAGUUGGUUUCCUGAAGAACGUUAUGCAGCCCGGAAAGUUGCUGUUGAUAUCCUGCAUGCAGGUCCUCUUCCUCUCAGUCAAGCUGGGAAGAACUUCCGAAGAUCCUAUCACAUCCCUGAAUGCACGUCUCCUGCAAUCCACCCGCUUGGCUUUGCCAGCCAAUCCCAGUAUCCAUAUCGCCCUACGGUUAUCAGCGCACCACAGCGUGCACGAUGAACGGAGAUACCUACACAGGCUGAAAACUGACCUUCAAAGCAAACUAUCCAGUUUCUCAGGUGUACAACCCUCCACAGAUCUUGCCGCCCUAUACCUGCUGGCCCUGCGUGCAUCCUGCCAAGACCAUCAUAGUCAACACCGUGCAAUUUCAUAUCUGAAAAGUAGACUCCGUGCUGAGAAAAAACACAUAAUUCAACAUGAUGUGUCUUUCAACAACUAUUACCAGUACAGUCUGGGUGUGCUGGCACUGUGUGUGAAUGAUGUGAGGAUAGAUAGCAGUGUCCUGUCAGGACUAGUACCACAUGAACACCAUCACCACUGGUUUCAUGCCCUGUCAGGAUUGAUGCCACAUGAGCACCGCCGGCACUGGUUUGUUGGCACAGCAGCGAUGAUGGUUUUGGCACUUAAGUGUGUCAGUGAAUCUAAAGUGCCCCACACUGGAACAUGGAUGUACAGCAAUGAUACAAGAAUGAAGGUACAAGCUACAAUGAAUAAAAUGACGCAAAAGAUACAGGAUCGACAAGCAAAGAAUGGCGAAAUUGGGGACAUUUACAGCACAUCACUGGCCUUGCAGGCUUUGUUAGCUGGAGGAGAUGAAGAAAGGUGGUUAAAAGGAAAAACGAGACUCCUGAUUGAGGCCCAACGGGGAAUGUUCCGGAAUCCAAUGGCACUGUCUCAACUGUUACCUGUCCUGUAUCACAAAACCUACCUGGAUAUUGGCCAAAUUAACUGCAGCAAUGAGAAUGAUGACCUGAAGUGGAUGCGAUCAGAUCACAGGACUGAACCUAACUUGAACAAUCAGAAAGGUUUUGUUCGUUUAUCUGUGAAUGACAUGAAUGGCACUGUUAUUUGCACAGCCAAGGUGCCACUAUCUCAGAAGAUGUCUCUCCAAGCAGUCUUGAAUAAAGCAAGAAGUAAUGAUGCAAAAUUCAACUUUGAGACCAGACCGACUCUGUGGGGACCUUUUUUGACUUCAGUAUGCAACCGAAGGGCACAAGAUAACGCGAGAAACUAUUGGCGUCUGCUCACAGAAAAUAAUAUCCCACUUAAACAAGGAAUUCAAGACUACCUCACACACCAAGGAGAGCACAUCAUCCUGCGACUCAGCAAGUUCUAGCAAGUGCAAACUGAUCCGUUGACCUCAACUUCAGCUACUCUCAUGUUCCUGUACCCAACUUGCUUAGUGACUAAUAAAUAAUUCAGAGGCCUGAGCAACAAAGAAUUUUUAAACUAAUAAAACAUAAUCAUUAGGCUUUGGUGUGACAGCACCUCCUGGGUUUCAAGCAGGCAAUGACUCUGAGAUUCAAGAGGAUAACUGUCCAUCUCCAGCCACAACUGUGAUUUGAUAAGUGUCUACUUUAUCCAGCCUUAUUGACAAACAUCCCACUGCUUGAACCUUGCGCUAUCCCAUCAUGUCAGAUUUUCCACUUUCUUUUGACUCUGCUAGCAACAGUGUGUGUGUAUGAAGUCUGCCUCCGUCUUGUACCUGUAUUAAGGAGUGUGCUGGCAGCCAGCCUAAGGAAUCCAUUUCCCCCAGACUUUCUGUACCUUAAGUUAAUGAUGGUGUGUCCCACUUUUCUAGAAGUGAGGACUUGCUGUGAAACAGUGCACUGUUGUUAUAAAACAUCUUAAACAGUACCAAAGACAACAACCUUUCUGAGAAAAAUAUGAUAGGUACCAACCGAAGGCUAAAAGUAGAGAACAUGUCGCCAAAAUACAAAGCUGGCUUUAAUCCUCCUCAGAGUAACUUUCCUCUCAAAUGGUGCAUCCAAAAUUAUUUGACUGAACCGAUCCAACGAAACCCGAGUGCAGCAAUCUAGCUAUUCAGAGCUUAUGAUGUUAUAGUCUCAAUUUAGAGAGACACAUUUACAGUUGUGAUUUUAAGCAAAUUGAUGAAUUCUUUAUGACAAAAAAUAAUUUUAAAAAUUCUUGAGACAAGACGAGGACCUGUCAGUCUAAGUAAAAGUCAAAAGAAAAACAAAUUAAAAUACUAAUUCAUUUUAUGCAAACACCCUGCUUUUGCAUCACCUAGAAGGCCAUUCUUUGCACACCUUGUGUCCAGAGCCUAUUUAUACAUAGGAAUCAUUAUCUCCAAGCCAUAAAUUGUCACUUCCCCCCCACCCCCAUAAAUAAUUUCCCAAUACUUAGUGAUUAAGCAUGGAAAUAUAAACUGAUUAUUAUUUAACUGUUGUUUUGGUCAGGGGUAUUGCAAUCAAUUAUUGCACCCCUAUUGCUACCUCAACUUAGCAUAGCUCAGUGAUUGAAUCUGAGAUGUUUUGCUUUCCAUAGCUCGUGACACGCUCCAAAAUUUCAAAUCAUAUCGUGAACAGACCUGAAAAUCACACUUUGGUAUUACAAAGGUACCAGUUGUGUCCUGAUAAUGCUGCGUGACUGAUUUUGUUUCCGUAAUCUUCUGUUAAGUUAACAAUAGUGAUUGCCAAUGAGUGAGAAGUUCUAGCUUUGAAUCCUACCUUGAGUUGAUUGCCAAACAAGGUGUGUUCAUAAAAUAGAUAGACUGGCUGAAAAUCAAAAUGCAAUCCUCCCUUCCAAAUAUGCCAAUGGCAGGUGAUAAGAAUGGGAAUGAUUCCUUGUUUACCAAGUUAUGGAAAUUGGAGCCUCCAUACCGGCAAAGACCAAACUUAUGUGUUGCCAUAUUAAUUUGGACUCACUUAGUGAUCUGGAACAUGACACAACAUGACAUAACAUUCUGCUGAUUGUACAUUUUCAGGUGGAUAAGGGAGCUGGAACAUUCUCACAUUCUUUGCCUCAGCAUUCCCUGAGGUAUGGCAAACCAUUUCUAAUUGUGUUUUUGUAAUUGUUGCUCAAAUUUGUAAUUAUUGUUUAAAAUUCAAUAUUAUAAGCAUUCAUCAA